CUUCCAACUACAUUCCCUCUGGUUCGUAGCCGUUGAGAGUUAAUUCCCUCCCAACUUCAAUUCGGCCAUUAAAUACAAACACCCACCCCUUAAUUCUCUCCAUACUCGAACGUCUUACGUACAUGUCCAUUUGCAGAUCAUGGCACCCACCGGAGACCAAUACCUUCUGUCCACAGAAAUCGUCAACCGGGGAGUUGAAUCGUCCGGCCCCGAUGCUGGUUCCAUGUCUUUCUCUGUCAGGGUUCGCCGUCGGCUACCUGACUUUCUCCACUCUGUGAAGCUCAAGUACGUGAAGCUUGGCUACCAUUACCUAAUCAACCACGGGAUUUACUUGGCCACUGUGCCGGUGCUGGCCCUGGUGUUUGGUGCGGAGGUCGGUCGUUUCACCAGGGAAGAGCUGUGGCGGAAGCUAUGGGACACCACCGCCGGCUACGAUCUUGUUUCUCUACUUCUUUUUGUUGCUGUCUUAACCUUCACCAUAAGUUUUUAUUUCUUGUUCAGCCCUCGAUCCAUCUAUCUAGUAGAUUUUGCAUGCUUUAAACCCGAUGAUGAUCUCAAGGUGACGAAGGAGGAAUUUAUCGGAUUAGCAAGAAAGUCAGGAAAAUUUGAUGAAGAGAGCCUCGAAUUUCAGAAGAAGAUACUUGAAUCUUCGGGGAUCGGAGAUGAAACGUACGUCCCAAAGGCAAUAAGCUCGCCGGAAAAGAUCUCCACCAUGAAAGAUGGAAGAGCAGAGGCGUCCCUGGUGAUAUUUGGAGCUCUAGACGAACUUUUUGAGAAAACCGGGAUCCAACCAAAGGACGUCGGAGUACUUGUUGUAAACUGCAGCAUUUUCAACCCAACGCCGUCUCUGUCGGCGAUGAUUAUCAACCAUUACAAGAUGAGGGGAAACACUUUGAGUUUCAACUUGGGUGGCAUGGGUUGCAGCGCCGGGAUUAUUGCGGUGGAUUUGGCGAGUGACAUGCUUCAGGCGAACUCGAAUAACGUUGCGGUGGUGGUGAGCACGGAGAUAGUAUCGUAUAACUGGUACCCAGGUCGUGAUCGGUCUAUGCUCAUCCCUAACUGCUUCUUCAGAAUGGGUUGCUCCGCCCUGAUGCUCUCCAAUCGCCGCGGUGACUACCGCCGAGCCAAGUACAGGCUUGAACACAUCGUUCGAACGCAUAAAGGUAGUAAUGAUUCAAGCUUCCAGAGCGUAUAUCAAGAAGAAGACGAACAACGAUUCAAAGGAUUGAAAAUCAGCAAAGAUAUCGUCGAGAUAGGCGGCGACGCCAUUAAAACCAACAUCACCACCUUAGGUCCAUUAGUCCUCCCAGUCUCCGAGCAACUCCUCUUCUUUUCCACACUCAUCAAGAGGUACCUUUCCGGCACCACCAAAGAAAAAAACGGCGUCACCACCCCGAGUAACUCUUCUCAGCUAUUUCCACCGCCUUCCUCCACCUCCUCCUCCGCCACCACCACCAAGCCAUACAUUCCCGACUACAAGCUAGCAUUCGAGCACUUCUGCAUCCACGUCACCAGCAAGACGGUGUUGAAUGAGCUGCAACGCAACCUGGGGCUGAGCGACACCAACAUGGAGCCAUCUCGAGCCACUCUCCACCGGUUCGGGAACACCUCCUCCAGUAGCAUCUGGUAUGAGUUGGCGUAUCUGGAGGCGAAGGGAAGAGUGAAACGGGGCGACCGGGUCUGGCAACUGGCAUUCGGGUCGGGUUUCAAAUGCAACAGUGCUGUUUGGAAAUCGGUUCGUGACAUGGAAAAGCCGUCUGCCAACAACCCUUGGCUUGAUUGCAUAGAUAGGUAUCCUGGGGAGGUUCUUUCUCAGUCUAACCAAGUUCACCCUCUCAACUUUAGUUGAGUUACACUUUGGGUACCUUAUAAAUGUAAGAAUUUUAAGCUCUUAGCAAAAGAAAAGGAAAAUAAUAAGAGUUUAUAGUUUAUCUUAAUAAUCAAUCUCAUUGCAUUUAACAAAUAUCAUUUUAUAAGAUUUUUGAUUUUUUGUUUUUUGCAAUUGUAUUUUUACAUUUUAUUAAAUUUCACAUAAUAUCUAAUGUAAUAAUAAAUGUAUAUCAAUUUAAUAGUAUCCUUUUAAUUUCUAAGUUUCUAAAUUUAAUCCAAUUAUUUUAUUUGUUUAUUUAUUUAUAUUAUUUAUUUAAAUUUAAAAUAAAAAUAAUAAAUUAAACAUUACAUUUAAAUAAUUUAAUAUUUUUCUUUAUUUCUUUAUAAAUUCAAACUUUCAAAAUUUAUAAAUAUUUAUAUUUUUUUCAAUAAACCCGUGUAUUGAAAAUUAGGUUGGUCAUAGUAUUGUUGUUUUUUGUUUCAUUUGAUUGUUGAUCACUUAUCAAUGCUUCCGGUGUAUCAUAUCACAAGAAAGUAUUGUAUAUUUGAAAACAUGAAAUAUAUAUGUUGAAGUUACAAAAGGAUACCUAGAAAAAUGGAAUA